AUGGAUCUGGACACAGUGGGACAUUAUAGCCGUCCGGACGUGUUCCAGCUUACUGUUAACGAGAAGCCCUUGAAAACAGUGAGCACAAAUGCAGGAAUCACCACCGCCACCUCGAAUGCACUGCCAUGUUUCUCACUUUGA